AUGUCCUCCGAGUCCGCGCCCAAGCUGUUCCAGCCAAUUAAAGUCGGCGAUAUGACACUGGCGCACCGCGUUGUUCUCGCGCCGCUCACGCGCUUCCGCGCCAACGCGGCCCAUGUACAUGGUGAUCUCGCAGUAGAGUACUACUCGCAGCGCGCAAGUGUCACCGGGACAUUGCUCAUUGCGGAGGGAACAAUCAUCUCAGCGAACGCUGGCGGAUUCGCUCAUGUGCCGGGCAUAUGGAACGACGCCCAGAUCGCGGCUUGGAAGCGGAUAACAGAUGCUGUCCACGCGAAGGGCUCGUAUAUCUACCUCCAGCUUUGGGCUCUAGGGCGAGCUGCAGACUUCGAAGAGCUGGAGAAGGAAGACCCGUCCUUUCCGUAUGUCUCCGCGUCGGACAUCCAGCUGACAGGAAAACCGAAAGCCCCGCGUCCGUUGACGGAGGACGAAAUCAAGGAAUACGUACAGUUGUAUACAACCGCUGCUUCUAAUGCGGUCCAUGGUGCCGGCUUCGACGGUGUUGAGGUUCAUGGCGCGAAUGGGUAUCUUCUCGAUCAGUUCUUGCAGGAUGUCUCGAACAAUCGCAGGGACAAGUACGGCGGAUCGAUCGAGAAUCGCGCCAGGUUCUUCUUAGAGAUUCUGGCUGCAGUCACCGCCAAGAUUGGGGCACAGAAGACGGGCGUCCGCUUUAGUCCGUGGGGCCAGUUUCAAGAUAUGCGUAUGGAGGAUCCCGUACCGACAUUUACGUAUGUCAUCUCGCGGAUCGCAGAGCUGUACCCAGACCUCGCGUACAUCCACUUUGUGGAGCCGUGGGUUUCGGGUACCACGGAUCGGAUUGUGAGGGAUGGAGAGACGAAUGACUACUUCCGCAAGAUAUGGGCGCCCCGGCCAGUCAUUAGCGCCGGUGGGUAUACCCGCGAGAGCGCGCUGGAUGCGGCAGACAAGAAGGGCGACCUCAUCGCCUUUGGCAGAGCCUACAUUUCGAACCCUGACCUUCCUCUGCAUCUACGCAAGAACAUACCAUUUGCGAAGUAUGAUCGCGACACUUUCUACACUCCCGAGGACCCGAAAGGGUACAUUGACUAUCCGUUCGCGCACGCGGCUGCAUUGUAG